GCUGGAGCCUGGAAACUGGAAUAUGCAGUCUUUACUGUGUGCACCUGUUAAUUGGACACAUCAAUGGUUUGAAUCCAUCGCUACAUGUGCUGUUCCAAUUUUGAGGUACGAACCUCACCGUCCCCGUUUCAAACAAUUGCCACUUCGGGCGCCCACUCCGCAGAACCGAGGCGAACGGGGGAACAGGGACCCCCAAAACAAUUUCAAACCUCGCGUCGGCCGCCGCCGAGCCCAUUUCAAACCCCCCCAAGCGCAAGCGCACCGAGGAAGCAGCCAGCGGUGGUCCCUUGCCCCUCCAGUCUCCAGACCUCCACUCCAAAGCGCAGCCGCAGCAGCGGGCGAACCCAAGCACCCGCCCAAUCCGAUUCCGCGGAGAGAUCUGGCGGCGGGCAUGCCACUGGGCGACGGCGCGGCGGCGGGGGCGAUGGCGGGGGACUUCGCGCUGCCGGACGAGCUCCUGGCGGCGCUGCCGCGGGACCCCUACGAGCAGCUGGAUCUGGCGCGCCGUAUCACCGCGCUGGCCGUGGCGGGGCGGGUGUCCGGGCUGGAGAGGGAGGCGGGGCGCCUGCGGGCGGAGGCCGCCGGGAAGGACCGCGAGAACGCCGAGCUCCGGGAGCGGGUGGCGCUGCUCGACACCGCGCUGCAGGAGACCAACGCCAGGCUCCGCGCCGCGCUCGAGGACAAUAUUAAGCUCAGCAAGGAGCGGGACUCGCUGGCGCAGACGUCUAAGAAGCUGGCACGCGACCUGCAGAAGCUGGAGUCAUUCAAGAGGCAUCUGAUGCAGUCAUUGCGUGAUGAUAGUUCAUCACCACAGGAAACAGUUGACAUUACAACAUGUGAUCAGCCAGUAGCAUCAAAAGCAUCGUCCAGUGGAGAUGGUGGAUCUGUCAGCCAUCCUACAACAAAUAUAUUUAGUGAAUCUUUGGAUGCUGGAAGCACAAACCGAGAUGGUACCAUAGCAAGGCCUCCAAUCCAAAAGUAUACCCUCUCAUCGCACAUCACUCCUCGCCUUACCCCAGAGGCCACUCCUAAAAUAAUGUCCACUUCUGCUUCUCCGAGGCGAAUGUCAACCGCAGCAACACCGAAGUUGAUGUCUGGUGCUACCUCACCAACAAAAUCUCGAAUUGAAGCUCACAUGUCAAUGACACCAUGGUAUCCAUCAAGCAAGCAAUCCUCGGCAGCUAACUCACCUCCACGAGGGCGUUCAAACCCAGGUCGGACUCCUCGUAUUGAUGGAAAGGAAUUUUUCCGUCAAGCCAGGAGUCGUCUAUCCUAUGAACAAUUUGGCGCAUUCUUAGCCAAUAUCAAAGAGCUCAAUGCCCAUAAGCAGUCUCGUGAGGAAACUCUCAAGAAAGCUGAAGAGAUCUUUGGUCCAGACAACAAAGAUCUUUAUCUAUCUUUCCAAGGCUUGCUAAAUCGUAGCAUGCCAUAAGCUUCAUGUGUCUCUUUAUAACGAAGUUGCUGCAUUAGCAACUUAUUGCCAUCUAGUUGUGGAUUUCAAGGUCCCGUUGCAAGUUUUGGCCACAUAAUCCACAUUAGGUGGAAGUUUGGAACGAUCGGACCUCUCUCAACAACUGAGCAUGCAAACUAGUGUUGCUUCUGUAAGCAGUGCACUGCCUAAAUCAGGAUGCAGUCUGUCAUGGUGCCCAUCCUUGUAAAAACCGUGAAACAGGCAAACUUGAGAGUAAAUUUCCAUUUCAUCCCCAA